AUGCUCGUUUAUCAGUUGCACCUUCUCGGAGUGUUGUUGAUCUUGACAACAAAUGAAGCUAGUGCUGCUCAGAAGGAAUGCACGAAAGGAUUUCCGUUCGCUUGUUUUGUUCAUCUGUGGGAAAACGAAAAUAAUGCUGGAAAAGAGUUCGUUCACGCUUUCAACACUGAAACAUUCUUCGAGGCUUAUUGCAAAGAUGUCGAGAAAUGCAAUUCGGAUUGCCGCACUACCGGAGCAAUAGUCAACAAAUCUGAUGUCAGAAACAAGGGUUUCGUAUUCAGGUGCAACCCGAGGAACCUUUUUUGUAACGAAAAGAAGAACGUGGAGUGCAUCCCUAUUAGAAAGGUGUACCGAUUGUCUGAAAAGGGCGUUGCCUCUCAAUCACAACCCGCACCCCAAGAACCCAUUGAGAAAACGAGUAAGGAAACCAAGACAACAACGCAAGAAUCGCUACCAGCGCUACCAGACGUCAAUCGGCAAUUUGCUCUGCAUAAACGGGAUAAUAGAAGAAAAAGGAAAGUGCCACCUGCACCCGUUCCAAGCAAUGGCGAUUCAUUUGUGCCUAACCUGGUCGAAAUUCAGACAAUUGUGCUCCCGAUUUGUCGCCGAGAGGACACGGAGAAAGAUUGCAUGGCAUUGACGAGUGGACGUUUCUGCACCAUCAAGGAGGCGGUUAUAAGAUACCCCUCGCACCAAUAUCUGCCUUGGAGUGACAUAAAAGACAUUUGUACAGUUGUCGAAUCUCCACUGGGAGGUGAAAGUCCGAAAUGGUUUGCCGAACACGUGGAAAAUAAAAAGGAAAACCUGGGAUCAAUGGAAGUUGUAUGGGAAUACACCGGUUUUCCUUUUGACAUAGUCACCAACAAGAGCUCACCGUUUUUGGCACAUCGAUUCGAUUAUGGGACAAAGAAAUGCAGAAAAUAUGCAGAGAAUACGGAGAACUGUCUGCCGCUUCCAAUAUGUGAUGAUGGAAAGCAUUUCAUCACACACCGCAUCCGAAUGAGGAACGUUGUGAAUCCAAAUGACGUUAAUCACUUACGUUUUGGGGAGUCGACGCUCGAUAAUCCAUGCCGUAUCUUGGACAUCGAACAUUUGCCACUUCAUCGCCAGAACAGUCCACCAUAUGCCAAGUUUGCAACCCUUGCCGCUAACCUGCAGAGGCGUAAAUUUGGUUUGACUGGACGCAACGAGAUGCCCCAUAUGCCUGAAGUCACCACUGAAAAGGCGCCACUUGCCAGACGUGACGCUGCGAACAUUCCCACUCGUUAUUAUGGUCGUCCUAUUGAUUUGGAAACUGUGAAUGAGGAGGAUCGCGCAGCUAUAGAAUCCAACUACUGGCUCUCGACGAAUAGAAACGCGUUUUAUAAGAAAUACGGCGACAAGAUCAAACUCGCAAAAGCAUCAAUGUGCACUUCCGAUUCGAAAGAGACUUUCUGCCGUUCUCCUCCAACAACUCCAAAUCCAAAUGCGAACAACACGUGCCAUAAUUCCACAACGACCGCAAAGGUGGAACAAGAAAGCAGCAGCUUGCCGUGGUGGACGAUUCUGCUAAUCGUGCUUGCUGGUCUUACGGUUACUUGGUUCGUUGUCCUUCUCGUGUGGUGGAAAGGCUGCUUUGGAUUGUCUGAAGAGAGAAAGACCACAAGAGGGGGGAAAGAAAAAAGGAAAAUUUUUCCCUCCCGCCAGGCAAGGAAAAAAAGCAAGUCCUGGGCAAAAGGAACUACUUUUACCGUCUCUUCUCUAUCUGGUGACUCCUCGCAUUCAACUCCUCCAGCUCAAGACCGAACUUCUGAAACUAAAUUUGUUGUUCGGAACUUGGAAGACUGCUUUUCCCAAGCCAUAUCUAAGACUUUGCAAGAGCGGGCAGAGCUUUGGGAAAAGAAGAAGGACGAGAAAGAAUUGGCUGAACGUUUUGGUUUUCCGACGAAAUGGCGAAGCAAAGACUGUCAUCAGCAAUUCAACAAGGGCAACAUCUAUAUUUACACCGAUGGUUCACGGGCCAAUGAUAAAACAGGAACGACUGGGAUCGGAACGUUUUAUGGAAUAGGCCACCCACUGAAUUUAGGUCUAAACAUCGGGCCCACGGAUCACGCAUUUUUUGGGGAAUUGCUAGCGAUAAAUGUCGCUCUGCAUCGUCUACUGCUAUGGGGAGGAUUUGGAAAUCGAGAUGUCAUACUUCGUACCGAUUGUGUGAAUGUAAUCAUCGCAUUGAAGAAUGAGGAAGACAGGAAGCUAAAUCAGCCUCUGAUCGACAAAGACCAGCCGCUUGGCUGGACUUUAAACAGGGACGAAAAAAAACCGGUGAAGAAUCUACAUUUCCUUUUGAAACGAUUCCCCAAAGUCACCAUGCAAUGGGUUCCCAGCCACGUUGGAGAUGCAGGAAACGAUCAUGCCGACGCACUUGCUCACUAUGGUAGGUGUGGUUCUGUAAAGCACUGGAAGCCAGACGUGGAUGACGUAAAGAAGAGGGAGCUGGGUAGCAAGUUCUGGCAUUCCAGAAAUGACACGAACAUUACAUUCGAAAAUCGAAACGUCGACCAGACCAGUCGACCAGAAGAAGUUGCUUACCCUGAAGAUGGUGCGAUUCAAAAGAUUCUGAAAAAGCAAGAAAUUCAAAUUGAUAUUAUUCGCGAAAUUAAUAAGAAGCAA